AUGUGGGAAAUCAAAAUCGGCUACCUCACACCUGGACAUCCCGUAACAUCAAAAUACUCGCACAUGGAAAUCAUGUUCGAGCGCACAAUGAACAACGAUUCACAGAUCACGACUCAUACUUCAGCGACGUGCCCUACACCUAUCGACACCGGGGGUAGUCUCACAACUCAGAGGUUUUCAGGUGUUGACAAUGACUCUGAUCUCGACAUCAGUAGAAAACAUGUUUACUGCGAAGCCGAGGGCGCAUCAGACAUAGGAUGGAGAGUCAGCAUCAUGGGACAGGACAAUUCUAGCUCUAGCAUGGUGAAAUCGAAGGUCCUUGGGUCCUUGACAGGUGGGGAGCUUCCAACAGCCAUCUCCUUAUGCAAGCAGCCAUCACUCUUACCCAGGCUGAACACUGGGGAAAACUGUCAGCACUAUGUCGGAAGAGCCCUUAAAUUAUUAUUUACGAGUAAAAUUGCACUUGAUGAUGUAUGGGUUACCGACGUAGCUCCCUUUUUGGAACGUUGCUUCUUGUCGGCACCCGGACCGAAAGAAAGGGCGACAAGAAUGUGGAACAUCAAGUUAGGGUACAGUCAAGGUGCCGACCCCGACGAGUACGAUAUGUUGCAUUGGGAACUUGUUUUGGAAUACGACAACAGUACCAGUGAUAAUUCUCUCGUCUGCCCUCAUAACGAAGACGAUUUCGACAGUGAUGAUUCCAACGAUGACUAUAAACGUUGCGGAUGUCCUCAGAUCGACUGGAAUCUUUUUUUGGAAAAUGAUCAAGGUGAAGUCGUUCCUCAGAAAUGGUUCCAAUUCAUUCAUUCCACUUAUGAUGAUCAAGCCAACGAAUGGGAGUUCAGUCAUCACUCAUCCAACUCUUUCAGUACCAAAAUGACCCUUUCGAGUGUACUGGGAACCAUAACGGACGCGCAACUCGACCAGGCAAUCAAUGCCUGUGGUGAGGUCGAUUUACCCGAUGAUGAUAAGGAUGAGAACUGUCAAGAUUUUAUUCGGAGAGCCUUAGACGUUUUGAAUGGAAAGUUCGGUUUGGUACCAGAACAACGAGGGGUAGGGAGGGCAAGGGCUGCGAAGGGGGCCGCUGAGGUCAAGACAUGUGUGAAUGUCUUCACCUGUGUUCUUAGUGCUGAAACGAGUGGAGAGGUGACAAAGGGAAACCAUCGGUGGAAAGAAUUGUAUCCGGAAGACAUGGUCUGGAUCAUUGAGCACCUACCUAUAGACAGUGCUUUCAGUACUCCCAAUGAUAUCCAGCUCAAAUGA